AUGCUGUCGAAAUCGGUGUUUGCCUCGCUUCUCUUAGCGAUCACGGUUCAAGCCGGCAACAGGGCGUGGGAACCCCCUAUCCAAUACGCCAAAGCCGCAAUUGCAGUUCGCGACCUGUCCGGUAUCAACAACAUUUACUCCAACGGAACCAACGUUUCUUCGGCGCACCACGCUCACCAAAAGCGCUUUUUCGGUCUCAGCAACCCCGCAACCACCGGGUCAUAUCCGCGACUCUGGCCGAAUGGAAACAUUGAUGCGUGUUUCGAACAGCGAAGCCAUCUGUACAACGGCCAGAACGUGGCUACCCGGGAUAUCUUGUACAAUGAUUUGAUCACGGCUCGUGAGCUUUGGCGGAAUGCUGGGUUGGAUGAUAAAAAUGGAAACUUCAGGUUCACCAUCCUCGGGGAUGACGAUCCUGGAUGUGAGCGGAACCAACGGUCAACGCAUCUUCUCAUCAUGUACGCCGGCCAAGGUCAGCGCAAGAUGAGCACGACCGUGGGCGUCGAUCAACCCCUGGCUGCCCCUGAAUCUGAUCGUCCCGACUCAGAGCUAGGCCCAACCAUGACCCUGACCGACAACAUCGACGUCGGCAUGGGUAACGUCGUCGCCAACUACGCCCACGAAAUGGGUCACUCCUGGGGCCUCCACCACGAGCACCAAAACCCCAAGUGGUGGUCCGAGACGUUCACCCAAGUCGAGCGCACCAACUACUUCUUCAGCGAGGACAACUUCAUCUGCGAGAACCUGCGCGAUUUCGACGAGCAAAUGGCCCCCUACGCCAACGACCCGGAAUACAUCCGCCGUGGCAAGCGUAACGAGAUCUGCCGCGACCGUGCCAAGGCCAGCCGGGCCAAGUUCGCGGGCGGGUUUAACUACAUUCCGAUUACUGAUGAGCCGGGGACUAUUGAUGAUGAGAGGUCGGAGCCGGAUUGGCAGUCUAUUAUGCUUUACCCGAGUAAUGCCGGAGGCAAGGUGGUGGGAGGGGUCAAGCAGAAUGUGCUGACUAAACCGGAUGGUAGCAUCAUUGACCCCGUUUCCAGGCCUAGUAAAAGGGAUGUUGCGGGGCUGAAGAAAAUGUACGGGGUCAAGACCAAUUUCUUUGGGAAGUUUCUUGGAGACAAGAGCAACCCACUCAAGAACAUCUUUGAUCGGACGCGGAAGAAGGAUCCGGAUUCGGGCUGUUCGUCUUAA